AUGACCAUGAAAUGCUCUUUUCAGGUCCUACCAUCGGCCCGCGUCGGCAUGAUAGUGCAUGAGAUAGCAAUACUUGCGUGGCUUGUGGGACUCGUUUCCGCUGGCGGAGGUGGUGGCUAUCAUGGUGUUGCAGUUGGCGGUGGUGGUGGUGGUGGAUUCCAAGGUGGUGGAGGAGGUAUCGUUGGACCUGUGGGCGGUGGAGGAGGAUGUGUCGGCGCCGGUUGUGCACUCGAUUUCAACCCCGUACUUCUGCAGGGUGUUCGAGGUUAUCCAGGGAUCCGAGCACGAUUGAAUCAACGAGCUUUCCAGUAUGCUAGCGGAAUGCUUGCUGAUGUGCUUAAUCAAGAGAUUAAGAAGGCUCGAAUUCCACCAAUCACUCAGUGCAUCCCACAGGUUAAUGGAUGUAUACAAAUCUACAAUCUGUACGUGUCUCGUUAUCGAUGCCCACAACGAGUUGUCCUCUAUCCGGCUCCACCGAAUAGAAUUGUUCUACAAGUACAGAAUGUAGAUGUUGGAAUUACUGGUAACCUCGGUGGUCAAAUUGUUAUCCUACUGCCCAUAGCACUUACGGGAAUCAUUCAAGCGAAUAUUCAUCAGGCAACGAUCACCGUUGAGUUGGGAAUCGAACGAGGUCCAUACGGCCCGUACCUGCGUAUACUGUCGUGUAAUGUACAAAUCGGAUACGCUGACGCCUACAUUGAACACGGAGGUCUUAUCGGAGACAUCAUCAACUCACAGUUUAGACAACGAAUCUCAAGUCAAGUUCGUGAAAUGAUCCCUAGUCAAAUUUGUGGACAAUUACCUUCUAUUGUUAAUGAAAGGGUAAACACUAGACUAGCGGGUCUACCGCAGUCGAUUGCUGUCAGCCAGAUGCUCAGCAUGUUCGGUGGAGCAUUAAUGGGAGGUUUAGGAGGAGGAGCGGCACCUACCCCUCAAUACUGCCAAACUCAGUGCCGUGGCAAUGUCCCGAUCAGUCCUCAGCUGCCUGGGCCACAGAAGACAGCAGCGUUGCCGCCAGCACCCGCUCCUGCUCCUGUUUCUGCUCCAGUUUCAGGAGGUGGAGCAGUUGCACCACAGAUCCCUCAUGCGGCAUACAAAGAAGGGCCGGCGGUGGCGAGAGGACUUACGCAAAGAAUGUAUCAGACUAAUCAAGCGGUAGUAGCGCGAAGAGGUAGUACUCCUCUUCGACCAGUUGUUCAUGCGGCAAAUCCUCGUUAUCGUGCUAUACCGUUCCAACAAGGAAAUGAGCAGAGGGUGAUAUUGAUUCCCGUCGCUCGAACAAAACGACAAGUUGCUCCUCUCAUCUAUCGUGUCACCAACAAUGAGGCCAGACCUACAGCAGUUGCUCGUAUCGUUAGAAGUGGUGGAUAUGGAUAUCGUCCGGUCGGUGGUGGUGGCGGCGGCGGCGGUGGUGUUGUUGGUGGUGGUGGCGGCGGUGGCUUUAGAGGUCCACGAUUCCCGCCUCCUCCUCCGGUACGUGGUGCACCACCACCAAUGAUUAUUCCACCACCAUCUAAUCUAUGCGCACAAUGUCCUGUUAGUGGCGGACAAGAGGACCCAAUGUCUUUGCUCAGACAACUUUUCGCCAGUCUAGACAUGCGCAAAUUGAAUGAUCUCUAUCUUUCGCUACAAUUACUGAACACUCAAGCCACAUCUAAUGACUUCACUGUUGAUCUCACUGGAGAGUUUAGUCCGAAUGCACGAGGAGGAACACCAUUCGGAGCGUUCCCGGUUAUGUUCCCCUCAUAUUACGAUCCACACAUGGCUGAAUUCAUCCUCUCUGACUACACGAUUAACUCACUUUUCUACUGGUUACAUAGGAAACAAUUCCUGACCUUCCGCAUUGGACCAGAGACACCGAAGAUCGGCGAACUCCUGAAAACUACUUGCAAUGAAGAAGAGGAGGAGGAACUUGAACCUACAGAUGUGGAGCUCGAUGAGGAGACCCGUCGUCGUCGUGCACUGAAGUCAUUGAAAACGCAUCGAACUAAACGUGCUGUGAUAGUAAAAGGAAAGAGAGGAAAACGACAAGAUGAUGCUGGAGGAUUAGCAGAUCUUGGCAUAUGUUUCGGUGAUAUUCUUCCGGCUAUCCGAGAGAAAUAUCCGAAUCAAAAAAUAGCCAUAGUAAUAAGGACAGCACGAGCUCCUUCAGCGAUUCUCAGCCAAGCUCAAGGAGGUAUGGUAACCCUGGAUGGCGUUUUGGAUGCAGAUAUCUACAUUGACGGAACGAACACUAGGGUUGGAACGCUAACAAUUGCUGCUACAAUUACAGUAGUCCUCCAAAUGCGUGGUAACAGAUUGACGGGGACAGCUGAAUUUAAAAACCUCAAAAUGACGGAUAGGACUGGAUCAUUAGGAUUACCACAGGAUGCUCUCGAUAAUCUUGGAAAUCUUGGAAAGGAAUUGCUUCAGAGGGUGUUGAACGAUGCACUACAAAAGGGUAUCGCCAUCAACAUUCCUCUCAGUGGUCUCGGUGGUCUGCCGAUCAAUAUAAUCAAUCCACAAAUUCGUAUCAUCGAACACGGUGUGUACAUCGCAACCGAUCUGACCAUCUCACCAUCACUUCUGGGCAUAGGUGGCGGCCAAUGUUGA